GCUCAAAGGUAAAAGGAGGGUUAACAAUGGAAGGAGGUGCAGAUGUGACAUCAAAGGAUAUCGGCCAUGUCGCCUCAGUAGUGCACCUUUUACCAUUUCAACGUCAAAUCAUACAUUCACUCAUCCCAGGCGCUCGUCAACGACAAAAGAAAGGAAAAGAUCAAAAGGAAUCUUCUCAUCAUGAUGACGAUGAUCCAGAUGUUUUGUUAAUUCUGGCCAGAGGAUUGGGCUUACGUACAAUCAUUGCAAGCAUUUUACGAUUGUACGAUGGUCCGACAAAUUUGGUAAUCUUGGUAAAUGCCAAAUCGACAAGGGAAGAAGAUGGAUUGAGAGAAGAACUGAAAACUAUGGGUGUCAAAAAGCCUGGUCUUCAAAGUAUAUCCCACCAUACAACAAGUGCUCAACGACAAGAAAUGUACCUGAACGGAGGUCUCGUCAGUGUGACAUCACGUAUCUUGGUGGUUGAUAUGUUAAAUGGAACUGUUCCUACCGAUCUCAUUACAGGUCUGGUGGUAAUGCAUGCAGAAUCGAUCACACCAACAUGCACAGAAAGUUUCAUCGUAAGGCUUUAUCGUGAUAAGAACAAGGAUGGUUUCCUCAAAGCAUUUUCCGAUUCUCCCGAUCAUUUUGGCGUUGGGUUGAGCCCUUUGCAGACUGUACUCACGCAAUUGAAAGUGCGACGAGUUGAAUUAUGGCCUCGAUUUCACAAGGACAUCAUUCGAGAUCUCGGCAAAAAGAAAUCCGAUGUGAUUGAGUUACACCAAGAUCUCUCACGAUCGAUGAGAGAGAUUCAGAGUGGGAUCUACGUUUGCUUGGAUGCCGUAUUGAACGAGUUGAAGAAGAAUACCGGAUCGGUAGACAUCGACGAUGCAACGAUGGAAAAUGCAAUCUUUCCUCGAUUUGAGCGGGUCAUUCGACAACAGCUUGAUGCAGUUUGGCAUAAGAUCAGUCCAAAGUCAAAGAGAUUGGUUGCAGAUCUAAAACUGCUGCGAACGAUGUUGGACUACCUCUUAUCGUACGAUGCAGUACGCUUCCAAGAAUAUCUAGAAACAAUCCUGCUCAGUCAACAUAAUCCUGCCAAUCCAAAUCAGGCUACGAAUUACGAUCGAAGUCAAUGGCUUACUAUGGAUGCAGCCAAUGUGAUCUUCAAAGAAGCAAAAGCAAGAGUAUAUCGUGCUCAAGAUGCCAAUUCAUCGAAAAGACCAUCUUGGCUACCUCCCGGUAUCGAGACUACAUUGGAAGAAUUACCCAAGUGGCGUCUUUUGCGUGAGGUAUUGGAUGAAAUCGAACAGGAUAUACACUGGUCAUCCACAGAUCUUACAAAAGGCCGCAAUAAUACCGUUCUCAUCAUGGUGCGUGAUGAAGCAGCUUGUAGACAGGUACGGGAAUAUGUCUCAACGAUGAGAUCCUACACCAUGGGUAGCGCAGAAAAGGAUGAUCGACCUGGAAGAAAAAUGAUGGAAUAUCGCUUUCGCGAAUAUUUGACUUGGAAGCAAGGCGUGAAAGCAGUAACGAGCAAUUUUAGAAACCCUCGGUUCACAUCCACAAACGCACCUCAGCCAAUCAACGGCACAGGAGCUGAUAGUAAUUCAAUAGCAGCAAAUCGGAGCAAUGGAACGAAUGGACCAGCGGUGACUUACGAAAAUCCUGCUUUAGGACGUAAAGAGAUUUGGGAAGGUGGAAGAGCACCGGCUUACAAACGGAGAAGGCAGCGUGGUGGAGCGAUGAUGGGAAGUAGUUCUUCAACAAGAAGAGAUCCAGUAAAGGCAGCAGAAAUGAUCUCAAGAGAAGCAGAAGACAUAGAUGAUCAUUUCAGAACCUCUGCACAAGGAGUAGAGGACGGAGAAGAGGAUGAGUAUGAUGCAACAUACACUGAUAUGCUCACCAACAAUUUCACUAGUGAGGAUUUCGAGAAUUACUUCCGCCUACUAACGAUGGAAGAUUUCAUUGUCAUAAGACCAUACACAGAUGACGAUGACGAUCAUCAUUUGCAAGAACUCAAGCCUCGCUUCGUGAUCAUGUAUGAUGCAAAUCCAGCCUUCAUCAGGCGUUUGGAGGUGUAUAGAACGGCAAUGAAAGGAGUAGAGAUGCGGAUUUACUUCCUAAUGUAUGCCGAUUCUGUUGAAGAGCAACGAUAUUUGAGUCAAAUUCGACGAGAAAAAGAAUGCUUCGAACGCUUUAUCCGUGAAAAAGCAAAUAUGGCCUUGCCAUUACAAGCAGAUGGAAGUGCAGCCAAUUCGACUGCUGAAGAACGAUCUUUGCGUGCGAUCAACAGUCGUCUAGCUGGCGGUCAACUUUCUGCAACGAAUGAACAGCCUAGAGUGAUUGUGGAUAUGCGAGAAUUUCGAUCAAGUUUACCAUUCAAACUUCAUGAAGCGGGAAUGUUGGUGGUUCCUUGCACUUUGACGGUGGGCGAUUACAUCUUAUCGAAUUUGAUUUGUGUUGAAAGAAAAAGCUUAUCGGACUUGGUGCAAAGUUUCAACUCAGGCCGUUUAUACGUUCAAUGUGAAAUGAUGUCCGCCAAUUUUCAACAUCCAGUCUUAUUGAUCGAAUUCGAGCAAAACAAAUCAUUUGCACUUCAGACUAUCAAUGAUUCACGUGGCGGUGGCGCAAAUCCGAUGAAUAAAAAGAUUCACGAGAAUGAUGUUCAAUCAAAAUUGGUCUUAUUGACACUUUCCUUCCCUCGGCUAAGGAUUGUAUGGUCAAGUUCACCGUAUGCGACAGCUGACAUUUUUGCUGAAUUAAAGCAAAAUUUCGAAGAGCCGGAUGAAGCGAUUGUAUCUAAGAUUGGAACAAACAUUAUUUCAAAUAAUGAGGCAGAUGGUGCACAACAAGCCAAUGAAGCGCCAAAAGGAUUAUUUUCCGUCAAGACUACCGGCAUUGAAGAUAAUUUGAACACAACCCUACAAGAGAUUUUACUCUCUUUACCAGGCAUCACAACAAAGAACUAUAUGUUAAUCAUUCGUUCCGUUCGAGAUUUGGCCGAUUUAUGUGAGAUGACGGUUGAUGAAAUUACACAUUUGAUCGGCAAAGAAGCUGGUCGGAAAUUAUUCAACUUUUUGCAUAAAGAUGCCCGAGCAGAAGCAAAAGGAGCGAAUUCCAUAUAA